CGGGAUCGGGAACAAGAACAGGACCGGGAACUGAAACGGGACCGGGAACAGGACCCGGGGAUCGGGAACAGGAGCCAGGAUCGGGAACAGGAGCCGGGAUCGGGAUCGGGACCGGGGUGAAGCCGGCGGAGCGGAGCGCGGUGCUGCGGUGCCGGCGCUGCGGAGCGCGGUCGGGAUCGGGAUCGGGAUCGGGAGGAUCAGGAGGAUCAGGAGGAGGAUCAGGAGGAUCAGGAGGAUCAGGAGCAGGUCAGCCUGUCCCAGGGCCCGCUCCCGGCUCUGCCUGCCGCUCCUGUUGCUGCUCCUCGCCCCCGCUCCAUCCCGCCCGCAGCAGCGCUUGGGAACGCGCGGCUCCUCCGAGGGAAAUGUUUGAUUCUUGCGCACAGGGAGUAAAGUUCUGAAGAAUUCCCAAAUAAUGGCUUCUGAUGCCAGUCACAUGCUGGAAGCAGCUUUGGAGCAAAUGGAUGACAUCAUUGCAGGCACAAAGUCAGCUGCAGAGUAUGCUAAUGGUGGAUAUGAUAUCGUGUCACCAGCUCCAUCAGUGUACCUGGGCACAUUCCAGAUUUUGCACCUCCUGGAAGAUCUGAAGAUGGCCCUGGAGAUGCUGGAGGACCCCCAGGAGAAAGAAGCACUGAGGAACCAAAUCCCAGGGGCCACAGCUGUGUGUCUGAGGGAGUGGUUUGAGGAGAACCUGUCACAGGUGAACCAUCAUUCAUCCAAUAAUGAAACUUAUCAAGAAAGGUUGGCACGAUUAGAAGGUGAUAAAGAGUCUCUCAUCCUGCAGGUGAGUGUUCUCACAGACCAGGUGGAAGCUCAAGGAGAGAAAAUCCGGGACUUAGAAAUCUGUCUUGAGGGCCACCAGUUGAAGCUGAAUGCUACAGAAGAAAUGCUCCAGCAGGAGCUGCUCAGUCGCACAUCGCUCGAGACUCAGAAGUUGGAUCUGAUGGCUGAAGUCUCAGACCUGAAGAUUAAGCUGGUUGGCAUGGAAAAGGAGCAGAGUGAAUAUGAGGAGAAGCAGAACAAAGCUGAGUCAGUAGUGAACCUGAUCAGUGACCUACAGGAGCAGAUGUGUAGACUGCAGCUGGAAAUUAAUAGUAGGAUCCAGGAGAGAAAGUCUCAAGAUAGGAAAGCAGACUUGACCCCUAAUGGUCCCCAGUCUGGUGCAAGAUCAGUAGAGCCUGUGGGCCAGAAGAAUUGUUCUCAGUGUGAAGGUUUGUUACAGGAACUCAGGCACCUCAAAAUUAAAGUGGAAGAACUGGAAAACGAAAGAAACCAGUAUGAGUGGAAAUUGAAAGCAACCAAAGCUGAGAUAGCCCAGCUGCAGGAGCAACUGGCUCUCAAGGAUGCAGAGAUAGAACGUUUGCAAAGCCAGCUCUCCAGGACCUCCUCGUACACUGAAGUGGCAGAGAGAGAGGAAGUUUUUAGGAGAAGGCUAAAAGAAAAACACCAAGAAGUUCAGCGGUUGAAGAUAGGAAUGGAGACAUUAUUGGCUGCAAAUGAGGAAAAGGACCGUAGGAUAGAGGAGCUGACACUACUGCUGAGCCAGUACAGGAGGGUCAAGGACAUCAUGAUUGCAGCUCAUGGCUCUUCUGUCUCUGGUGGCAGUGAUGAGGAACUUGAGGCAACUUUAAGGAAGUGGAAUCUUUUCAAUAACUCCCAAGGAGAAUUACUGAAAACAGAGGUCUCUGCAGGAGAAUUGACACCAGCUGUGCUCCCUCCAGUGCCACACAAAGCCUUGGAAAUCAGUGGAAGCAUUCCAGUACCUUCAAAUAAUUUAACCACUCAGCAGGAAGAAUCUUUGGACAUCACAAACAGGGCUCCACAGAAAAAAAAGUCAAGCAGUUUAGAAGACUUGCAGAGUGAAUCCUUGGAAAAGUAUGUAGAUGGAAAACCAGCACAGCCUGUUGUAGAACAAGAGCAGCAGAGUAAGGCGGUGGGCAAAGGCAGCAAGUACCAAACUCUGCCAGGAAAGCUGCCCCGAGCCCUGCAGAACGGAGAGCAGGGGAUGCACAGCUCCCCUGAGGGAUGUGGCACGGGGGACAACGAUGACAGCAGCACCCCAGGCCUCAAUCGCGGCAGGAGUGUCAGUGCACCCGUGCUAGGAGAAACAGAGAACAUGGACGGUACAGUGGUCUCCGAUGACCUUUCACCUCUCUCUUCGGGAACGGAUUCAGGUCCUCAAUCUCCAUGGUCUCCAGAAAACAGAAAGAGUCCAAAAGGGAUCAAGAAAAUCUGGGGAAAAAUUCGGAGGACUCAGUCAGGUAACUUCCCUGCAGACGACCUGGGGCUGGCAGAGUUCCGGAGGGGAGGGCUCCGGGCCACGGCUGGACCUCGCCUGUCCCGAUCCAAGGACACCAAAGGCCAGAAGAGUGACCACAAUGCCCCAUUUGCUCAGUGGAGCACUGAGAGGGUUUGUAACUGGCUGGAGGACUUUGGCCUGGGCCAGUACGUGAUUUUUGCCCGGCAGUGGGUGACGUCAGGCCACACGCUGUUAACUGCCACACCCCAGGACAUGGAAAAGGAAAUGGGAAUAAAGCAUCCACUGCACAGGAAGAAAUUGGUUUUGGCCAUCAAAGCUAUAAAUGCAAAACAAGAUGAGAAGUCUGCACAACUGGAUCAUAUCUGGGUGACACGGUGGCUUGAUGACAUUGGCUUACCUCAGUACAAAGACCAGUUUCAUGAAUCCAGAGUAGAUGGGAGGAUGUUGCAGUACUUAACUGUGAACGACCUCCUCUUCCUCAAAGUCACCAGUCAGCUGCAUCACCUGAGUAUUAAAUGUGCCAUUCAUGUGCUGCACGUCAACAGCUUCAAUCCCCACUGUCUACGCAGGAGGCCAGUUGAGGAGAACAACGUCUCUGCUUCCGACGUGGUGCAGUGGUCCAACCACAGGGUGAUGGAAUGGCUCAGAUCCGUGGAUCUGGCAGAAUAUGCGCCCAACCUUCGAGGCAGCGGAGUGCACGGCGGCCUGAUCAUUCUGGAACCUCGCUUCAACGGUGACACGCUGGCCAUGCUCCUGAAUAUCCCACCCCAAAAGACCCUCCUGCGCCGCCACCUCACCACCAAUUUCAACGUGUUAAUUGGGCCAGAGGCACAACAAGAAAAAAGAGAAAUCGUGGAGUCAGCAGCAUACACACCUCUGACCACCACUGCCAAAGUUCGGCCAAAGAAACUUGGAUUUUCACAUUUUGGAAACUUAAGGAAAAAGAAGUUUGACGAAUCAACAGACUACAUUUGUCCUAUGGAUACAAGCCCAGCUGCUACAAAUGGUACCUCGAAAAACUACAGUGGCUACAAAGGACUCAGUCCUUUCAGCGACAGGGAACUGGAUCAGGGAUGCAAACCCUGAAAAAAGGAGCGCUCCUGGAGCCUUGUGUGAACUUUGGCAACACACAAGAGCCACACAGAGGCAGCUGGAGCAAACUGGCUGACAUUAAAAGUUUCAGCCUGCUAAGAGAAUGGUCACAACAUUGAAAAGACUAACUGCAAAGGUAAUUUUUUCAUUUGCAUGGUUUAGCACAUCUAACAUCUCAUUUGUGUUCACUGGCUCACCACGGUCCUUUCCAGCGAGAAUCCAAACCCAGACUGUGUGUGGAUGUCCACUUGCUCCGCUGAGAGUUGUGAGGGAAUGCAUUAACUUGGAGCCAAGAACUUGCACUGUGCAGUUGUUCAAGCAUGACAGAAAAGACUGGGUUUUUCUCUAGGAGCAUGGUCUGUCUAUUUAAGCAUGACUUCUGAGCAUGUGGGCCACGCAGGAAAUCACAAUGCCCUAGAACUGGGGACCUUUCUGUGUCAGAAAAAGAGGUAGGACUGUAUCAAGGGCAUCUUGCCUGUGAAAGAAGCCUACCAGAAAUCUGUGUUAGACCAUUUGGAAAGUAUUACUUUUCAUUGAUAGCAUCAGUUAAGCUUUUUCCUUUUUUUCCAAGUUUCAUGAAAUCAAUCUCUCUUAAUCCACUCUUCCAAUCAUGCCUUUUCACGCAUUUUUGUGAAGGAGCUUUUAAACUUACUCCAACUUAAUUUGUCCAGGCACAGAUCCCUCCCAAAGCUGCAUGUAGAGUGAGUAAAAUUGCACAUGCUGUCUGAUUUGAACUAGUUGCUGACUGCUUUUACAGAUGGAGCACUCAGAAGGCACAGUAAUGCAAAUAGGGGCUCUUUCCCAAGGCAUAACCCAGCUCACGGUAUGUACUCAUUCCUCUCUUGUUCCA